CGCUAAGGUAAUGUUUGUCAGCUGUAUUCGUGUUGUGACUGAAAUCAUGCGAGGUGAUGGCACCAUUGCUGGAUGCUUUUCGGUUUUCGGUGGAUAUUUGAUCCACUUCACUUAUGGUUAUUUGUAUUCUUUGACAAAUAUGGUACCAUACAUAAUGGGAUACCUGAUAACUUUCAUUAACCCACACCUCUGCGUCCAAACAUCCGUUUGGUUUUCUGCAGUUUCUUUUGCUGUUUACGGCAUCUUUAUGCCACUUGGUGGAUUUCUGUCGCGUAAAAUUGGUUACCGACCGGUAAUAGCUCUCAGUUGUUUGUUUCUCAGUGGUGGUGUCCUAUUAUCUUACUUUACGAUACAAAAGAUGUACGUUGGAGUUAUUUUGACCUAUUCUUUCCUGUUUGGUACAGGUGUUGGAUUAGGAUUUUCAGUAACUUUGGCCGUUGCUGCAACAUGGUUUCCUGAACAUAGAGGCCUUGUGGUUGGACUAGUGGUUAGUGGAUAUGGUAUGGGAUCAUUGGUGUUCAGUCCUAUCCAAACAUUUUUGAUAAACCCAAACAAUGUCCCAGUUAACAAUGUGACAAGACAAUUUGAUGAUCCUGAAGUACUUAACAGACUACCACAUGUAUUUCUUGUUAUUGGGGUUAUUCUAUCAGUUACUCAGAUCAUUGGUCUGAUUUUGCUACGUUCAAAGCCGAAAUCAAAUGCUAAAGAUAAUAAAAUUGAAAUCUUGGAUGAAAGCGAGUCUUCAGAAUAUGAAAUAAAGGAUUACGACGUAAAAAUCUCGAAUUGUUCAAAUGCAGUGGACAUAAAACCCGGUCAAUUGUUUCGACAUAUCGACUUCUACCUUUUAUGGUUGAUCGAACUUUGUAACAGCGUGCCGCUUACACUUUUAACUUCUUCCUAUAAAUUAUUUGGUCAGUCGUUUAUCAGUGAUGAUAAGUACCUAUCAAUUAUAGUUACAAUGACUGCAGUUUUCAAUGCCGGUGGCCGUAUUAUUUGGGGAUCAAUUGUGGAUCGAUUUUCAUACAAGAUUCCGUUUUGUAUAAUAAGCCUGAUUUGGGCCAUCCUUCUUUUGACGUUUCCUUACAUCAGUCUGACGAAUGGAUUGACGGCGAAAAUGCUUUAUUGUAUUUGGGGUAUUGGAGGUUUUCUUUUUUUAAGCAGUGUAUCAACAGUGGCUCCAGCAGCCAUAGGGUCGAUGUUCGGAUGCACAAACAUGGCUAUUAACUACGGGAUAAUAGCAUGUGCACGAUGAAUUAACCCAGGCAAGAUCCUUGACUUCCGAUGACUGAGAAGCCGAUGAUUUCUUCUCGAUGUAGUCACGCUAGUUUAAAUCAUUCUACUGCUUACUAUGGAUAAAUGUUCAUUGUAUGUGAAACUGCUUAUCCUCGAACUUGUACAACGUGGAUAAUAUGUAAAUCUGUUGGUUUGAAGCAGAUAAUUUGACGAGUUGUAGCCACCAUUCUUACCUUUUAAGCAUAAUGAGUUUUAUGUCGACUGUGUUUGAUGUAUUUAGUUCCCUUGGUAAACUUGUAAAUCAUGUACAAGAAAGAUUUUGAGAUAAAAUCAACCCAUUUUACUCUGCGUGUUCUAAAUCUUCCACACACUGAUUUUUGCAAAUAAAU